AUAGGCAACACAUGUACACGCGUGAACGCAUUAUACGCCGCGCCCAUUAUUUCUAUACAUGCCACAAAAUUUAGCCACAAUUUGCCACAAAGUUAUAUCGAGUCUAAUCGAACUCGGACGGUAUCAAAUUCAGAGGUCUGUUUCCACUUGAACCGUACACGAAAUUCAAAAACAAAAAGAGAACCGACGCAGAAAAUGGGCUCAUCGAGCUCGUCUCUGGCUAGUGGUUCUGGUCGCUACACUUUCAGACUGUUUUUUUACGAUGAGGUGGAUAACAAUGAGUCUGCUGGCAAAGACCAUUCCAUGACGAAUGAUGAAAUGCACGAGACAUUUGGGAAACUGACAGACACGUCAGAAGUGAUCCAGGAGGUUUCCUAUUACAUUAAUCCGCUGAACAAUUGGCAACUGUACAACGGCAAGGUGAAACCAACUGGUUUGGAAUUCUUGUGGGGCAACUGGCAUCACGCGUACAUCGUUUUCAAAACGGACAAGUGGUGGUGGUCCGUCGAGAAAAACGACACCUGCGUCGCAAUUCAGCGCACGAACCGAAUCCAAUUCGUUCGCGACAUGUACUGCAGAGCGGAUCGCCGGACAGCCUUAUUAUGGGCCAAAAUCGAUUGCGCCAAAAGCAAAACAGGCCAGAGCCGGACAGUGAAAGAACUCCUUGAACACUUACAAGCCCGCAACUAUGUGAAUCAAGAGUACCAUGUUACAUCGGAAAACUGCCAGCAUUUCGCUGACAAUAUUUACGACUUCCUCUGAUAUAGUUCUUGAUAUAUGGAAUCACCACCGUGACUGGCCAAUCGCCAUUGAUUCUAUAAUAGCCCCAGCAUCCGUGCAUAUUAUAUUAGUCUUGUCUUGAUCCCUCCGCGGACACAGUUGCAUUUCUAUACUGCAGAGAAUUUGUGAAUAUUGAAUACGAUAUGACAUUUGUGUCUAUGCAAUAGUGAAUGGCAGUUGUAUAAUACGUAUUUGAUCAAAUCUAAGACAUAAAUGAUAUUCACGGUCGUGCUUUAUCUUUGCAUCAAGUUUUUCGUGCAUAGUCCGCCAGCCCACAGCAGCAUACGAGUUAUUGCCGACCCGCGUUGUUAACCUUUGAUUCUAUAACGUGGUUGCAUCCGCAGUUUGAACGAAAUCGGGCACAG